AUGGUGGUCAGGAAAUCUGAAUAUCAGAAGCAGUACAAAGCAUGUAUCAUCAAGAAAAAUGAAGGGGCUUAUCUGGAAAAUCUUAACCUAAGACAUCAGCGUCGAGACCGAGAGUUUCUGCACACUCCCAUCUGCUGGGAGAAUUCUAGUGAUGAGGAUGAGAAGACCUCGUCUGGCUGCAGUGAAGAAGAGCAGUCUAAACCUAAAAUACAACCACACAAAGAGCCUGAAUACCAGUCACUAGCAGAAAUUUUGUCCGAUUCCAAGAAGAAAGCAGAAUCUGCAAGAAGGCAGGCAUUUCUGGAAGGAUUUAAGAGACCUAGUGAUAAUGCAAAUGGCAUCACUGGCGAAGAAAAACAGCUAAUUAAUGCAGAUGUGCUAACCAAAUUAAAUAUGGAAGAGAAAAAACAAAAUGAAACAGGCAGCUUGAACAAUACGACAAAGAAUGAAUCUGUAGCUGUUAAAUCAAAUGUUGUAAAUGACCCUGUGGCUGAUGAGAACAGAAGAUCAAACAAAGCUGACUUGACACGUGCUGCAGAGUUAGAUAGGAAUAAUCGGGAUGUGUCUGAAUACAGAAGUUGUGUUGUAGGUGGUUUGCUCAAAGAAGACAUUAAACUGCCAGCUGUGAAUCAGAAAAUAAAAAAAGAACGAAAGCGAAGUAAGGAACCUGAGGGGUUUAAGAAAAUAAAACCAUCCUCUGCAUUAGACAGACGCUGCUACAGCUCUCGUCUUUCCAGCGUUACUGAAGGCAGUUAUGUGCCACAGCUGUUAUACACACCCAGAGCUAGGAAGCCACAUCAAUCCCACAUCCCCAGAACAAAGUCUACACCAGUCUCUCCAGAGACACCACUGAAAGAGAGACCACUUUUUCUUGCAUAUGGCGCUGGUGAUAAGGAAGACAGCCUGACCACACACAGAACGCAUAAUGUCAGAGCCCCAGUUGAUGUGUACCCCUCAGCUCUGAGAGCAAAAGUGAGGCGCCAGGAGGAGCACAGGAGACAGGCGGACAAGAUACAUAAAGCUGCCAGCACAGAAACUAUGUUAGAGAAACUGUGCGCUCCUGCUGCAGACCUGGCUGGCUGGGAGUCUGAGUAUCGCAAGCAGUUUCAUGGAUAUCAACCAAGAGACUAUGAGAAAGCUGUGUCAAGCCAUGCUGUGAUUCCCCGAUCUUCAUCGGUCCGGGCAGUACAUAGAGGCGGCUGUCUUUUAGUUCAUGUUGACUAG